CUAGCAGACUAAUCAUAUUCGCCACCGAACACAACUCGAAGGUUUUCAAACCCUUUCUCAUCGAACACUCUACAUUUACAUCAUCCUUCGGAACCCUCCAAAGAUGGUAACGCCACCGCUCAAGGACCGAUCGUCCAGGCGUCUUUCACUUCGAACAGACAGAAGAAGGCGUGGGGUGGAGGUUCUGAUCAGAGCAAGGACCGUAUGGAAGUCGAGCAAACCCUGGCUCCGGUUGCUACUCCUGGACCUUCCUCUUCCAUUGAUCAUCCUAGCUCUUCGGUUCCAGUGACCUCUAUCGAUAAAGGCAAUGCGUCCCACGACCAGUUCGAGCAGUCCGAUCAGCCUAGCACCCUCGUCCGACCAGUCAUUCGUGUUACGCUCACCGAACCGAAUCAACCAGGAGACCUCAGGGUUACUGGAGCCAACUUUCGCACUGGCGCCCAGCAAGAGCCUCAUGCUUCUCAGACGGUAGUCCAAGCUGUGAUAAACAAGAUGCCUCUUGGAGGCAUGUUCGCUGGUACCAAGAUCGCGAGGCAAGCUGCCGCUGAAAAGGAACACAGAGCGGAAAGACAGCCAGCCGAGAUGUCGAAGCAAAGUGGGCCCGGCGAACAGAAAGAGCUUCGCGUUACUCCAGCCCCCAAUCAUCAUCAGCAAGAGCAACAACAAUCUACAUUCGACAACCCGUUCAGACUCCGUCCUGACGUCGGGACCACAUCCUACAGCAUGCAAAGGCUUCCCACUUUCGCGAACAAUACUGAACCGAUGCCUAUGCUUGAUCACCUGGACGGCGGUAACAACCGGUUGGCCAAAGGCGUGGACGAAGAUCACCCCGACAGCCCGUCCGCUUCCCAACAUCACGUGGACCAUGUUGUCCUGCGCCCCACGAAGGACUUUGAGCUGGACCCGCCUGAAGAUGUUUUCACUGCGCCGAGGGUCACUGCACCGACUCGUCAGGAAGCCUCGCCUAGUCCGAUCCAGGACGAGUACACCAGCGCCAUCCAUCUUCCCGACCUGGCCCAACAUUCGGAAGAUUUGAGCGAGAGGGCGAGACAGGUCUUGCGCUUCGAAACCGAUCGCAACGCUGUAUCGCCCGGCGAACAGCAUCCGAGCCGAGGCGCAUCGCCAUCUCCGACGGGAUCUCCCAACGUACCGAAGCUUCGACAAUACAAGUCGAAAAUGGCCGAUAACGAAGCGGUCAUAGCCAACUUUGCUCCCAGACGUUCGCUUCCACAAAAGGUCAAGAACAAAGUUGACCCUGUUCACGAGCUGGAGGAUGAGCGCCCGGUCGACGAUGUCAUGAACUCUCCCGCCAGUUCUUCUGUGGCUGACGAAAAUGCCGCACCCGUACGUGAUUCUGAUACACAAGCUGUCACAUCAGCUACACAACAUUUCGACCAAGAGGCUACACCCUCGCCCACGACAUCCCGGUCUGAACUCGAAACUGAAAGGCCGAGCAUCUUUGCGUACCUGGCAGCCCAGGCGUUUGGUCACAAGCAAAAAAGGUCUUUCGCCAAAUCUCCGCUUACGAACCGAUCAUUGCGAAAGGAUCACGCUAGUCCGACUCGGGCUACCGGUUCACGUAGCAAACGUCGACCUGAGAUCGGCGUCGUGGGCUCGCGACCACUGUUGCCGCAAGCGGUUACGUCUCAUUCCGACGGCAAUCCCAAUCAGGAGCUUACAACAGACGUUGAAAAGGACAUGUACCUUACCUUCGGUCUGCUCAUGAAGACCAAAGAAAGAGAAAAGGCGCUCAAAGAGACAACGCAAAUGCUGGAGGCAGAGAAACACGAAGUUGCCGGUCUGCGAACGGAACUCUUGGGCUUGAAGCAUACGCUCAAGAUCCAGGAAGAACGUCUCAAACAAGCUCGCCUUGCGCAUGCCAAGGAGAUUCAGGACAAGACGAACAGCCAAAAGCAACUUCGACAGGAAAUAGACAAAUGCAAGAAACGAGUCAAGACGGUGGGAGAGAUCUCGGUUGAAUACGAGAACAGGCAAAAGACGAAUCCUCUACGGAUCUCACUCGUCUAGAAGAUGAGCUGACCAAGGUCAAAAGCUGUCUCAGUACCUCAAACGAAGAAGCCAUGAGGUAUGGCCAGGAAUGCAUCAAACUGAAAGGAGAGCUGGAAGACGCUAGCAGAGAUCUGUAAGCGGGAUUGCUAUAUCCACGAUCGCAACCGGACUUAUUUUCUUGACGGCU